CACCGAACACCGCGGCUGAAGUGAACUCGUACGGCGUGGUUGAUGAAGUAAUAAAAUUGUGUCUCAAAAUAUUUACCUUCGAAGCACGUCAGAAAAAAAAACACAACGAAAAAGUAAAGAAAAAUCCAUACUUUUUUGCGUGCCCCAUAUAGUUUUCCAUAUUUUACUGUGAUUACCGGCAACAAACAUUGAAAGAAGCUCUUUCGCAUUUUCGGGAACAUUCUAGACCGUGCGAGCAACUGCAAUAUCUGGACACAUUAGCACCAUUGCUAGGCAACGCAGCGAGAUGGCAUCUCAUUCUAGUUUCUACCAAGGAACCAAGCGUGUCUCUCCAUUGAAAAUAAGAAAUCCAAGCAUAUUGCCGUCACAAAUCAUGCCCUCACCCACGGGUGCUCCGUUCAAUUUCGCCGAAAUGCCCUGGUCGUACGGGGUAAAGCCAGGCCAGGUGAUGGAAUUUAAUGCUGUCAUUCGGCCCAGUCCCAUUACGGGACCUCCUUCACCGGUACCAUCAAUGCCAUUAGGUAGCAGCCCGCCAUCGUUUGGACUUUCUACAGUUACGCCGCAGUCAUACCUGCCGGAACUUAGGAAACGAAAACCCGACCCAGACGUUAUACCAGUGCCAUCGAAACAGUUUCUUACAGAGGAAGCCAUGUCAUCGCAUUUAAACAAUCUGCAUCUUUCCACGGAAUACACUGCACACGACAUCCGAACGAAUGCGUCCACACCCGAAUCACCUGCCCAUUCCUCGCUCGAAGAGGACAUGCUUUUGGGUAAUACCGAGGCAUACCACGUGUGCAUGUCACCGCAGGAGCUUGAGGAACGUCUUAAGAAGGCCCAACGAAUUGCGAUCUGUGAAGAGGUGCGCCGGUUGGACAAUCGGGCCGAAAUACUGCCCCAGACGCUGCUAGAACGCAUUGAAAAACCAUGUACCGCGUUAAUGAUCUGGCAACCACCGCAGGAACGCAUUCAGUCCCUUUUCUCAACAGUGACGCAAAAGAUGGACGAACGUGAACGCAAAGCGCGGCUAGCGUCCAAGAAUAAUAAUAAUAACAACAACGAAAUUAUGGUCGAUUCAAUGGCCAUCAGCGAUGAACCACUGCCGGAUCUGCCAGAUUACGAUGGCGAUCUGGACUUCGAACAGGAUGUAAGCGAAACCGAUUGGCAAAGGCGUUCGGCACCAGAUGCACCCGAUCCAGCAACGAUGGAUGUUGAAAUGUAGUUUUGGUAAGAUUGCUUCAGCUUGUGUGACAUGACAGAACGUAAAUGGGUUCUGUGUACAGUUUUUGGCGAUCGCGUACGGUUAUCAUUUUGGCGAGAAGAAUAAUAUUUAGAGUAUCUAAGCGGUUUCUUGUUCUUUAUAUAACGUCCUGUCGGUAGAUAAGUGUCGGAAAUACAUUUGCGUACAAAAUAA